AUGAAUAGUGAUUAUAAAAAUCUCCAAUCAACUGACAGUGAAAAUAUGAAUAAUUAUUCCUUAACUGGAACCUCUACCAGUAUUGUAGCUGCACGCAUAUCGUUCACCUUCAACCUUCUUGGGCCUGCUAUGGCUUUAGAUACAGCUUGUUCAUCAUCUUUAUUAGCUAUUCAUCUUGCUGCUCAAGCUCUAAGAGAAGGUGAUUGUGACAUGGCCUUAGCAGGGGGAGUUAACUCAUUGAUGUCUCCUAGUAUAUUUGUUCAACUCAGUAAAGCCAGGAUGGCCUCCCCUACUGGAUAUUGUCAGGCUUUUUCCUCUAAAGCUGAUGGUUAUGCAAGAGGUGAAGGUGCAGGGAUAAUCCUUUUAAAACGACUGAAGGACGCAGAACGUGAUAACGAUCCAAUAUGGGGGACCAUUAUGACAGGGUCGAACCAGGAUGGCCACACUGUGACGCCCAUGACAGCCCCUUCUGGAAGUCAACAAUUCCAAUUAUUGAAAAAGGUUUAUAGCAAAUAUAAUAUUGAUCCUGAUCGACUGGAAUACAUAGAAGCCCACGGAACUGGUACACAGGCUGGCGAUCCCGUGGAGGCGAACUGCUUGGGUGGAUUUCUCGCAGAUCAUACCAAAAAUGCUCCACGUUAUAUUGGCUCAGUUAAAACUAACAUUGGCCAUUUGGAGUCAGCUGCGGGGGUAGCAGGUGUAAUUAAAGUUCUUCUGAUGCAGAAACACUCACUUAUCGUCCCAACCCUUCAUUUCGAUACACCAAAUGAAAAGAUUGACUUUGAUAAACUAAAGCUUAUAGUAGCAACACGUACCGACACAUGGCCGACAUACAAUUACGACGGAACCAAAUUAUCAUGCGUUAAUUCAUUUAGUUUCGGUGGAACAAAUUGUCAUGCAAUCAUAAAAUCUGUAUUUUGUGGAAUGGGAAGUACAUGGACGGGCAUGUGCAAGGAACUCAUGAAAACCAACCACGUUUUUUAUAAGAAAAUACUGGAAAUAGAUGCUUUAUUGUUACCACUGACAAGUUGGUCGAUUUGUCAAAGAUUUGAAGAUAGUUUUGAUCCAACAGAUCCAUAUUUCGGCCCAAUUGCAUCGUUUACAUGUCAGGUAGCUCUUGAUGCUGUGUGGAAAUACUGGGGAAUAAAACCAGACUGCGUAGUUGGUCAGUCAGUUGGCGAAGUAGCAGCAUCACAUUCAGCAGGGGCACUGGAUCUAGAGGAUGCAGUGAAAGUUAUUUAUCAUCGAACAUAUCGACAAGCCAAUGCCACAGGAGGUUCUAUGCUAGUUGUUGGUAAUUAUGAUGUGAGCGAGGUUCAGAAAAUAGUUGAUGAUUACCAAGGAAAAGUAGUUAUUGCUGUACACAAUAGUCCUAAAUCUUGCACCCUAAGUGGGGACACUGACGUUAUCGAAAUAGUCAAAUCGAGAAUCCAAUCAGCAAAAGAAGAUUUAGAAAUCCCGUUGUUUCUGCACGAUUUGACGGUAACCAGUGCUUUCCACAGUCAUCAUAUGGCAGAGUGUUCCAACCAGAUAAAGGAUGAUCUAUCAGGAUUACAAGGUUCAAAACCUGAUGUCAAACUGUAUUCAACAGUAUCAGCCAAAGAAGGUACAGAAUCAGAUUUCAUAACAGCAGAAUAUUGGGCAAAAAACGUUAGAGAACCUGUAUUAUUCCGACAAGCUCUUCAAGAUGCUCAAAAACCGGACUGUUUCAAUAUUUUUCUAGAAAUUGGAUCAAACCUUCCCGAAGAAAUCAGACAAGAGAGAAUUGGCACUUUUAUACAUCCAGCUAUUCUCGACGGGAUGCUUCAAACGCCUGGAAUAUUGGGUAUUGAUACAACACCAAGAGCAGUUAGCGAAAACAUGUUCAGAAAAGAUGCAGUCUAUAUCGUAGUUGGUGGUCUUACUGGUUUAGGAUGGGAAUGUGUACAAUUUCUGGUGGCUAAUGGGGCUGGUAAUGUAGUUUGUUUCAAUCGUCGCAAACCUUCCCAAGAAAAUUUGAUGAAUAUAGACAAUUUGGAGAGCUCGUCGUCUUGUUGCGUAGUUUCAGAGCAGGUUGACGUAACUCAGUAUGAUUCUGUUGAAAAUGGGUUUAAAAGCGUGAACAAUAGAUUCCCUGGCGCCGAAAUAAAAGGUGUUAUUUUUGGAGCAGCUGUUCUUAGCGAUGCAUUUAUUGAGAGCAUGGACAACGUUAAAUUUGCGACUGCUUUGUCACCAAAAGUUAGGGGAGCCUGGAAUUUACAUUUAUUAACAAGAGACCUAAACCUGGACUACUUUGUAAUGCACUCGUCCAUUGCUGGUUUACUUGGUAAUCACGGACAAUCAAACUAUGGGGCUGGGAACGCAUUUGAGGAUGGUCUAGCGCACUUUAGACGUUCAAUGGGACUUCCAGGACAGAGUUUUAAUUGGGGUCCUCUAAACAUAGGUAUGUUAAAGGAAGCUGAAUCGACCGAGAAAGUCAUCAAUAUGUUGAAAGAACAAGGAUAUGAGCUUCUAGAAAUAGAUGAGAUUCAUCAAUUGUUUGCCGUUGACGAAUCAAUGGUAACACCAGACAGUUCAGUCGUAGAUCUUGGUAUAGACUCCAUGCUGGCCAUGACUAUUAUUGAUCAAAUCAAUAGAGACACCCAAUUCAGAUCAUGA